GCUGUACAAAUGCUGUUUUAAGUGUUAUUCUAGAUUCUUCUAAGAUAUUUUUCCAUUCCUGCAGGCUAUUGCAUCCAUGAUGCGUGCACAGGAGGUGGAUCCAACAAAUUUGGAGGUGCUUCUUGCUCUGGGUGUCAGUCAUACUAAUGAGUUGGAGCAGGCAGCGGCACUUAAAUAUCUUUAUAGAUGGCUUCAACAUCAUCCGAAGUAUGGAACGCUCGCUCCCUUAGAGAAGUCGGAUUCUCUGUAUUAUGCCGAUGUUGUUAGGUUAUUCAAUGAAGCUGCUCAGAUGUCACCGGGUGAUGCUGAUGUCCAUAUUGUACUAGGUGUCCUCUACAACCUAACAAGACAAUAUGACAGGGCUGUUGCUUCCUUUCAGUCUGCUUUGAAACUCAAGCCACGUGAUUAUUCUCUCUGGAACAAACUUGGUGCAACACAAGCUAACAGUGUUCAGAGUGCAGAUGCAAUUUUGGCUUAUCAGCAGGCGCUAGAUUUGAAACCAAAUUAUGUUCGUGCAUGGGCAAAUAUGGGCAUAGGUUUUGCCAACCAGGGUCUAUAUGAGGAAUCUAUUAGGUAUUAUGUGCGAGCACUGUCGAUGAAUCCUAAGGCAGACAAUGCCUGGCAAUAUUUGAGGAUUUCUCUCAGCUGUGCUUCUCGAAAUGACAUGCUGGAAGCUUGUGACUCGAGGAAUCUUGAUGUUCUUCAGGAGGAGUUUCCACUCUAACUUUCUUCUAUCUUGAAGGGAGCAGUAGAUGAUGCUUGGCAUUGAAAUGAGUUUCAGGAUCAGGGAUGACUUUGCGACAAUGUGAGAUACCUUAUUAUGCUGCAAAGUGCAACUGAGGUAAGUGGUUCCAGCCUUGAUACAGGUACAUGAGGACUGAAAAAUUCAGGCAUGGCUUCUCUUGCAUCUGGGUUGGGGCAAAAAUAAUAUGUUCUUGAACUUGAGAUUCAUGCAGCCGUAAGGUUGAGUACAGGCAGACCAGUUGGAUUGGAGCGGAUAUGGUGGAAAGGUGUUGAUAUAUUAUGAAGGGAAAGAAAAUGGAGUGAGUAAAGAGGGGAGGGGGGGAUCUGAUGGAAAUUCUAGGUAGCAAUUCUUCGUGGGAAAAAUAAGUUGAGCAUGAUUUAUUUAUUCACAUCUGUGAGACUCUUGACAGAGUAAACAUUUCAAUUGAUCAUGGUAGAUUUAUCAAGUGUCGACGAAUGGUAUUACACAUUAUUUUUUUAAUUAGAGUUGAUCUUCAUACGA